AUGCUUGAAGCAACUGGAUCAGAAGUAGGAGCUUUCGGAUGUUUUUUUGUGCGAUGCAAAGGUGGAAAAGUUUGUAAGUCUGGAAAAUGUGUUGACAAAGAUCCGUGUUCGGCAAAACAUUGUGGAACGGGCAAAAUUUGCAGAAACGGGGAAUGUGUGUGUAAUAGAGGACAAGAAAAAAACGGAAAAUGCGUUGAGGAUGAUGACAAAUGCCCAGCAAAGCCGUGCAGUAGAGAUAAGAUUUGCAAACGUGGAAAGUGUGUAUGUGAAUCUGGGAUUCAAUUUGGAAGCAAAUGCUACGGCGGUGUAGACAAAUGCAAAGGAGUUGAUUGUGAUCAUGGAAGGGUUUGUAAAAAUGGAAAAUGCAUUUGUAAGUACGGAUAUCAUGAAUUUGGCAGCAAGUGUGUAGUAUGUAAAGAUCCGAAAAAGUUUGACGAUUGUGCAACAAAAUGUCCACCAACUUGUGGCGAUUUUCACCCCUACUGCAUCAAAUCUUGUGAUUCAAGCAAAUACUGCGUUUGUCCUCGUGGAUACGUUGAACACGGUAAUUCCUGUGUCAAGCCGGAUCAAUGUCCAGGAUAUUGUCACGGAAAGAUUUGCCCCCCGGGUUAUAAAUGCUAUGGUUCCAAAUGUGUCAAAUCAGAUCCAUGUUACAUGGUAAAAUGCGAAAAGGGGAAAGUAUGCAAAGAUGGAAAAUGUGUUUGUGCACAUGGUUACGAGGACUUUCGGGGAAAGUGUGUUAAAUGUCAUCUACCGAAGGUAUUCAACGACUGCGCAACAAACUGCCCAGCAUCUUGCGAAAAUUUGCAUCCGUCGUGUACAAAAGAUUGUUCCCGUGACAGAUAUUGCGUAUGCCCGAAGGGAAAGGUUUUGAAAACAAAAAGUGACAACAGCUAUUGCGUAUAUCCGAAGGAAUGUCCACGUUAUGCUUGCUACAACAUAGAAUGUCCAAAGCACAGUUAUUGUAAAGAUGGAAAAUGUAUUUGUGAUGAAAAUUACGUCUGGAAAGGUGAUAAGUGUGUUGAUCCAUGCCAAUGGAUAAAAUGCGGAUUUGGGAAAGAAUGCAAAUGGGGGAAAUGUGUUUGCAAAAAAGGUUUCAACGAAUUUUAUGGAAAAUGCGUUCAGUGUUUUCCACCAAAAGUAUUCAAAUCAUGCGUAACGAGAUGCCCGGCAUCUUGUGAAAAUCUAUACCCGUUCUGCACCAAAGACUGUUCUCGUGAUAGAUAUUGCGUUUGUCCCGAUGGAACAGUUUUGAAAACUAAAGACGAUAGUAGCAGUUGUAUCAGCCCGGAAGAAUGCCCUCGUUAUUGCUAUGGAAAGAUAUGUCCACAUGAUCACAAAUGCUACGAUAAGAAAUGUGUUAAAUCAGAUCCAUGUAAAAAGGUAGUAUGCCCGGAUCACAGCAAAUGUGAAAACGGAAAAUGUGUAUGUGAUGAAAGAUAUCAAUGGAAAGAUCAUAAAUGCGUUGCCAUCUGCUUUCAUCCGAAGAUUUAUAAAGACUGUCCAACAGCGUGUCCACCAACGUGUGAUGAUUUGAAUCCUAGUUUCUGUACGGAUAAUUGUAGGCCUGGAGUAAAUUGCAUUUGUAAACAUGGUUAUGUAGAAAAAAGCAAAACAAACAACCGAUGUGUUAGAAAAGAAAGCUGCCCAGGAUAUUGCGAUGGAAAAAUAUGUGCUCAUGAAUACAAAUGCUACAAAGAUAAAUGUGUACCAGAGGAUCCAUGUAAAAAUGUUGAAUGUCCAGAUUACAGUGAAUGUAAAAAUGGAAAAUGUGUAUGUGAUAGAGGAUAUCAACGGAAACACGAUAAAUGCGUGGCAAUUUGCUCUCAUCCAAAACAAUAUGAUGAAUGUCCGACAGCUUGUCCGCCGAGUUGUGACGGUUCGAAUACAAGAUUUUGUACCACCGUUUGUAGGCCAGGUGUAAAUUGUGUUUGCAAGCCAGGAUACGUUGAGAAAAGCAAAAAAGACAGUCGAUGUACUAGGAAAGAAAAUUGUCCAAGAUAUUGUGAUGGGAAAAUUUGUGAUUAUGGAUACAAAUGCUACAAAAAUAAAUGUGUACCAGACGACCCAUGUUAUGGUAUAAAAUGUACUCCGAACAGUAAAUGCAAAUACGGCAAAUGUGUUUGUUUUGAUGGAUAUAUUAAGAAAGGAGAUCUGUGCAUUGAUGAUCCAUGUCAUGUAAUAGAUUGUGAACCGGACCGGUAUUGCAAGCUCGGAAAAUGCGUUUGCAGAUCAGGAUUUAUAGAACACAAUGACAAAUGCGUUAAAUGCAACAAACCGAAGGUUUUUGACAGCUGUGCAACAAGGUGUCCUGCAUCCUGUGAUGAUCUGCGUCCUAGAUUCUGCACUACCAAAUGCGACUACAAUAAAUACUGUGUUUGUCCUGAAGGAUAUGUGCAGAAGAGCAGGAAAGAUGAUUAUUGCGUCAGACGAGAGCAUUGUCCGAGAUAUUGCGACGGAAGAAUUUGUGCGCCUGGUUACGAAUGUAUAGAUGACGAGUGUUCAAGAACUGAUUCAUGCAAAAACAAGGAUUGUCCAUAUCACAGCAAAUGCGUAGACGGUAAAUGCGUUUGCAAAGAUGGAUACUACUUGAGGAGAGGCAGAUGUGUAGAUCUAUGUCGAUUUAGAAAAUGUCCUGAUCACAGCGAAUGUAAAUAUGGAGAAUGUGAAUGCGAACAUGGGUAUUACAUGAAAAGAGGAAAAUGCUACAACGAUGAGAAAAAGUGCGGAUGGUUUUCUGAAUGUCCUGAUAACUACUACUGCAAAAACAAUUAUUGCUAUUGCAAAGAUCCACACGGAAAAGGUUGCCAAGACAUCAUUAUCAUCGAAGAUUAGUAACUACGAAGAUCUUAAACAUACAGCCCAUGAAAAGUUUUCAGCAUGCCUAUUUAGAUCUCACGCACGUGCUUGUUAUUUUACGCGCUUGCUAUUACAGCGGCCUCUUAAAUCGAAUUUAGUUUUCUAGGAUUAGGGUUUAGUUUUGGGUUUAGGUGAUUUUUUUGCCGAGCAAUUCAUUAGCUACGAUCUGUUAAUUUCCGCUUAAAGAUGAUGAUAGUCCUAUUGUUUGAAGAAUCAUCAGCUGGUAAUCUUGCAUCAAUUUUAUAUGUGGUCUCUGAACAUUUUCUAACUUGAAAAAUAAUGGGUACUUUUGGAUUUAGAGUGAAGAUUUGGAUUGGAACGCUAUUCGAAUAUUUCAUUCAUAAAAUGGCAUAUUGAAGUUUUUCCAUUUGAAUAAAGAUAAGAAAUGGACAUUUGUUCGAAAUCUUGAUUCGUUCAAUUGUGCCAUUUCUACUGCAACCCGCUAUUACUUAAUUGGUUACUUUUCAAAUAUACAAAAAAUGGAAAAUUAUUAAUCGGUAUUUAACCAAUAAUUUCGUUCAUUUUAAAUUGUAUAUCUGAUAAAAUAUCUUGCUGUGCGCUCAGCUUCGCUAAUGGUGUAAUAAAACAAAGAAAUCAAAAUGUGCAAUUUCAAUUAAAUUUGUUGGUGAAUCUUAUCGGCGAUGACAGAAAGUUUAUACAAAUUUUGAGAUGUGGGUCGCAAGUGAGUGAUGCUCGUGCUACUACUUGUAACACUUCGCCCUUAUUUUUGCAGUAUAUUAUUGUUAUUCCAAAUUAUAUUGACCUUCUAAACUCGAGUUGAAGUUUGUCUAUAGGAAAACUAAAAAGUGCUAUAUUGAGAUGCGAAAAUGGCGGUAAAAAAAUGAAAAACUACCAGAAUCUUUGAAGCAAUUCACAACUCACGCACGAAAUAUUUUCUUAACUGUUGUUACUUUUUUGACGGUUGAAUUACUUGAGCGUUUUACAUCUCUAUUUUAUUCAUUUUUUUAUGAUGAAACUGUCAUGUCAAGGAUAGCUAGAAACGUUACGGUCAGAGUGAAGAUCAACUAGCUAGCAACCGCUGUUGCUAAGCAAAAAAACUUCAAAACUUCAACAGCUUGACUCUGAUUAAGGUCUUUUUGAUUGUUAUGUAGAACACUAUGUUAUUUUUCUUUGGUACGUUGAACUGGCGGUUUAAUAAUAGAAUACCCCGGUCUUGUCACGGAGGCACUGCGUAUGUUAAGUCCGGUUCAACCAGUAAAAAACGAUCGCCUAUAAAUUAAAUAAAUAAAAAUAAGAAAACAGUUUUACUGGCGAAGUAAAGACGCUGGGAACCAAAGUUAUCGAGCUGCGACACCCACGGAUUUAACUUCUGAUUGAAAGUUUAAAAAUCUUGACUUUGAGGUCUUUAUCACUGCUGUUGUUGAUGAGUAUGGCUUUGACAAACUACCCAACCAGCAUCGCACUACAAGGAUUAAAAUAAAGAGCUAUCAAACCAUCAUAUGUUUUUUCCCAUCAACUGGAUGACUUGGAGGCAAAACUGCUGCCCCAGACGAAAUUAGUUUUUUGGAAUUUAGUGAUCUAGUCGUACUGGUAUCAAUAUUGUUGAAUUGAUAAAAAAUACAAAAUAAAGAAAAAUUUAGUACGCAAUAAAUUUAUAUUGACAUUUCAUUGGUAAACACCUGAAAAGAUAUUUAUCGUAAUAUUAUUCAAGGUUCAUGGUCUGAAGUGCCAUGUCGAUUGUGAUUGAAUUCUGAAAAUUAAAUAGGAACAAAUUUUUUCAUCAAAAUAUAACUAAACAAUCUUGACUUCCUGUGUGACGAAAUAGUACAAGUCUAAGAAUACCGUAAUGCUAAAAUAUCGCACAACUGUACGAAAAUCAUAAGAGAUUAACAGUUCAGAACAUAUACACGUUAUUCAAUAAGUCAUUUUGUAAUAUAUAAUAAAAUUAUUAUUUGAUUUUUCAAAUUUGUUCGUCUCUCUCAUUUUUUCUCUCUGUGGCAAACACCAUUGCUAAUGUCCUUGUCCAAGCUUUUCUCAAAGUCAGGAAUCAUAAAAUUGUCGAAGGGUUUGUCGUGGUUGUAUUUAACAUGCUGUCAAUGGUAUUUGCUUUCGAAGACAAUUGUUCAUC